UCUCUCGUCUCUGCUCCUCGCCAGCGUCGGUGUCUGGCUUGGCGACCGAGUUUCUCACCCCGACAACGUCAACUGUGGGACGUCGGUAACCGCCGUCUUGUCUUUAUAUACUCAUCCUCCACCGUCUCAUCCCACCCCCAUCCCAUCCGGGUUAUGCCUCUCUAGCCAUGGACAACCUUGCCCGCUCCCCCGAUGCCCUCCUGCCCCCCACUUCACUCUCCCACCCAGACCCUCACAUGCCACACCCAGCCGAUAGCGUUGCCUUCAUGAAGGGCCCAAAGCGUAAGCGACUGGCAAAGGCAUGUGAUGCCUGUCAUAAGAGUAAACGACGCUGUGAUGGUACAGCGCCCUGCAGCAACUGCUAUUUCGCAUCCAAAAAAUGCACGUACACAGAUGCAUCGGGGAAACCUGUUCCUGCUCCCAGACCCCGCCCAGAAACCUCUGUCAACGUCCGCAUCGUCGCGUACCCCUCCCAAGAUGGCUCGCCACCAUAUGGCAGUCUCCUCCCCCAUCCCGGCGCAGACCUGUCUCCGGCGGAAGACGACAGAUCAGCGUCCGCUCGUAAGCGGUUCCGCUCUGACUUGGCGUCUGCCUCAGGGGCGCUCCCAAAAUCCUUCGCUCCCCCGGUACUCCCUGUAUCAGAUAGACCUCUCGAACGCGACCCUGCUUUAACUCGGGAACUCGUCCAUCUUUUCUUUACCUAUCGCCAACCUCAUCGUAUGAUCAUACACCAACCCACCUUUCUUGCCGAUCUCAGCCGUCAGGCUGUGCCCCCCCACCUCCUUCUCGCAGUUUGCGCUGUCGGUGCUUCUCUAUCCAAGCAACCCUGUUUAAGAACUUCCCCCGGUCGAAAUGCGGGUGAACAUUUCGCCCAGGAAGCCGCUGCCCUCAUGUUCGACGAGAACCGGAAUCUCACCUGCGAACACAAUCUCGCCACGGCGCAAGCUCUAUGCCUAUUGCAGCUUCACGACAGAAUGAGCAAGUCUCUGUGGGCAGCUCAAUAUCAUCAACACGCCCUCAGCAUCGUGACGAGGCUGGGAAUUUUCGACCGCGAUCACACCGUGCUUACGCCCUUCCCUUCAGCAGAAUUCAUUAAUGCUUCUAUCGAACGUGAAUGCGCCCGUCGGGUUUUCUGGCUCAUAUACAUAUCAGACUGUGUGGCGUCCGUACUAUACAAACGUAAUAUCCUCGCCACAGAGUCCCAGCUCAGCCUCCGUCUUCCCAUGGAUGAGACCUGCUUCGAGUUAUCUCCGCAUACCGCGAUACCAGAGUAUAUGACGCGUCCUAUCCCGUGCACGGUCUUGUCCGAGAUAGGUCAAGUCAUCCGGAUCGUUUCCUUACACGCACAGAUAGAGAGGACGUUGGAUGAAUUUAAUAAUCGUGAGAAUGGGAAGCAUCCUAGGCCAAAAUUGCUAGAACUCGAGCAACAAGUGAUGGCUUGGGCCGAGGCUCUUCCCGACCACCUUCGUUUUACAGACGAAAAUUUACUUGUCCAAAUGAACAUCUACGAUACUGGCUUUAACAUGGGUGCCUGGUGUUUUGCCGCCAUGCACGCGUUUCAUAAUUCGUGUGUUCUUGCGUUAAAUUGGGCUAGGCAGCGCUGUCGUACAGCAAUGCCGCACGAUAUCUCAGGGGCCCAAGAGAAGUUACAUAAAAUUAUGGACGUGUGGGGUGAGAAAGUCAAGCUGAGCAUUCUUUUGGGUAUCAUCCUUUGGCCCCUUUUCAAGUACACAGAUGAUCGAAGUCCGGGAUUGCUCAAAUGGUCCAGUGAGUUCGAGGAGAUAUGGGGCGUGCGCAUCCAUGAGCUCUGUUCGUCUUCGGGAGAUCCCAGACAAGCGCCACUGUUCUUAGCCUCACACGCCGCACCACCCCCUGUGCCAUCGUCAUCACUCACCGGCGCCCCCCGUAAUCGCCAGUCGCCAGUGGCGGUGCCGCCAUCGACUGGGGCCAUGCCUGCUCUUGGACCCCCUGGACCGAAUCCGGUCAUCAUUCCGCGGCAGCCGCCACCACCGGGCCCUGAAAUGGUCACCUCACCGGCGGUGCCUGUCCAACUUGGAUACCCCCCUCUCCAACCCCGGACGGCGCUCGAUCCACGGUUCCAUUCGCAACCCCUGUGCCUCGCACAGAGUUUACCCCAGUCGUCAUCUUCUCACCUGGUUGAUGGCAGGGCUGAUCCGAGGGAGAAGGAUGCUGCGGCGGUGAGAGCUGGCCAUGAUGGGAAUAUUGAUCCUGCGUUGACACAGACUGGGUGCGGGUCGCCCUCUGUGUGCACGCCUACCCGUGGACCAGUAUCUGUGGUAGCACCGCCGCCAGUCCAGUCGACAAACACACGAGCACAACUACAGCAAGGCCCAACAACUACGGCGAACUCGCAGCAGGCUCAGCACUCGUUGCCAUCGUUGAAAGCGAGUGGGUUGUUGGAGUGGUCGCACCCUAGUCCUGGAACUGCAACGGAGGUGCCUGGUGCAGGGCCUCCUUCGGCAUCGUCGCCUUCCGUGUGGUCACCACCAGGAGGAGGCGUUCAACAGCUCGCACCACCAUGCCGAUCUACAGGUGGGAGAGAUUCAGGGCGAUCGCCACAUUUACAAGCACCCGCAACGCACUCGCCAUCACCACCGAUGAUGGCGGCGCAGUCGCAACCUGCACAAUCAAAGACAGAUUCGGGGAUGUUACCCAGGGGUGGGACGAUGUCUGGAUUGCCGUCUUCGAGUGGCAUGCCUGUUGGUUUACAGUGGUUGGCACACGAGUCGACGGUGACCAGACAGGGUUAGGGAUAUAUCAGUUUGGUUAAUUUUUCGGUCAUUCCUCCUCGCAUUCGCCCUUUUCUACUACGUCAACGGCGCUCAUGGAGGAUUACUAACUUUGUCUCGUCGUUCCCUGUCGUAUUUAUUGUUUCGGGGUACCUACUCACCUGUAAUCAUGGCGACAGACAUAUACGAGGUGAGGUCGCA